AUGGCUCCUCAAAGCAUAGAACAACCCCUCAACGCCAACAACACGGCGGUGCCCCCCUCGUCUAAUCAAUCUCACGAACCAUAUACCAUCUUUGAUAAACAUCAAAAAAGAGUCAUCAUAGCUCUAGUCUCUAUUGCAGCUACUUUCUCAGGCUUCGCCUCAAACAUCUACUUCCCAGCCCUGCCCACCAUCGCCAACGGCCUAAACGUCUCAGUAGAGCUCGCCAAUCUCACAGUAACCACAUACCUCAUAUUUCAGGGCCUAGCACCAAGCAUAUGGGGUCCAAUCUCAGACGUCAAGGGCCGACGGGUCGCCUAUUGCUGCACCUUUGUCGUGUUCCUGGGCGCAUGCAUCGGUCUCGCGGAAACCAAAGACUACGCCACUCUAAUCAUUCUCAGAUGUCUCCAGAGCACCGGGAGCGCGAGCACCAUUGCCGUAGGCUCAGGAGUCAUCAGCGAUAUCACGACUCGGCAAGAGAGAGGCGGGUAUAUGGGCGUCUUCCAGGCCGGCUUGCUGGUUCCCGUCGCCGUUGGACCUGUGAUUGGAGGCGCUUUGGCUGGAUCUUUGGGAUGGAGGAGCAUCUUUUGGUUCCUGGCCGUAUACUGUGCCGUCUUCCUCACAUUUCUUGUGCUGCUCCUACCGGAGACUCUGAGGCCCGUGGUCGGCAACGGUGCUAGAACACCGAGGGGUUGUUUAGGAAAGUACCCCUUAAUCGUCUACCAAGCAUCCUCACAAGUCCCUCGGUAUGCCGGCGCAUCGAUUUCAAAGAAGGCGACAACCAAGCACGUUGACAUCACUGGACCCCUUCGCAUACUCUUCAACAAAUGCGCAGCACCUAUCGUGGUGUUCCUCGCAGUCUACUACGCGGUAUGGCAGAUGAGCAUCACAGCCAUGUCAAGUCUUUUCGAAUCACGCUACGGCCUAACAGAAACUCACAUUGGCCUGACGUUCAUCGCAAACGGCGUGGGCUCCGUGAUUGGCACGCUGGUCACAGGAAAACUCCUUGACAUUGACUAUCAGCGUGUCAAGGCAAAGUAUGACGCGAGCAACGAUCAAGAAAGCACCCUUGCGAACUCGGACCCCCACCAGGGAUUUCCAAUCGAAAAGGCACGUCUCCGUCUCAUACCAGUCUUCGCGCUAUUACAAUGUAUAUCCAUCGCAGUCUUUGGCUGGACCAUCAACUUUCCUCGACAGGUGCACAUCGCAGCGCCCAUCAUAUCGACAUUCGUCACGGGCUGGACCGCCGUUUCGACACAGUCUCUAGUCAUGACGUACCUCAUCGACAUCUUCCCCGACCGCAGCGCCGCGGCUAGUGCUAGCGUCAACCUCGCCAGGUGUCUUUUCGCCGCCGGCGGUACAAGCUUUGUGAUGCCUAUGGUGAAGGGAAUUGGGGUAGGAUGGGCUUUCACUGUGUGUGUUGUGGCACAACUGGUUGCGCUUAUAGGCGCGGGGGUGCAGUGGAAGUUUGCCGCGCGAUGGAGGAGGGAGAUGGGCAAUGGCUGA